CUAUGACCUUUGUCUGAUCAUUUCGUCUCUAUCUCUCUCAAUUGUUCUUUCAUCUUUGCAUCACGACUUCCUUUUACCAUGCUUCUCUACGAUGAAGUGGAUUAAGUGAACGUUGGGCUCUGUGGGUCUGCUAGUAUUAGCGUCACUCUGUUCAACGAAUCGUAAAUCAAUUCACAAGAAUUUGAUUUUUGUACAGAUGUGAUGUUCUGUUAUCUCUCUUUUCCUUUUUGAUUCUUGCAAUGCAAAAGUGCGAGUCUUUUUACCCGAGAAAAUUGCAGUUUUCCCGAGAAAAUUUUGAAAACCAGGUCCUAAAAGCUAAAGCUAAAGCUAAAGUAGUGGAUUUCAUAGAGGCCAAGUCUCGGUUUUUUUAGCCUUUAUAAGCUCUUUUCUGGAUUUCGUUUCUCUUUACUCGCCGAGGAGUUUAUACCGUAAAUCUGCCGACAAAACCCCCCACAAAAAUCGUAGAUUUCGAUCGGGGAUUUAAAAAAAUUUGAACUUGUUUUUAAAGCUUCGAGCUCUUUCUCCGGAUUUUUAAAAUGGGACUGUGUUACUCAGUAGAUAGGACCACUGGGAAGGAACCAGGAGAAACAAGCACCACCGCCUCUGUGGCGGAGACGGCGGAAGAGAGAUUAGGCUCCGGACGGUGGCGGCGGCCGAGAGAUUUAAAGGGCGGCGGCGAAAUCGAAGGGAAUCAACAGGUUUUGGGUCGGUUGACUUCGAACGGUUCAAGUAAAAUUGCAUGUCUUUACACACAGCAAGGGAAGAAAGGAACCAAUCAAGACGCUAUGCUCGUUUAUGAGAACUUUUGUUCGAGAGACGAUACCGUGUUUUGUGGCGUAUUCGAUGGACACGGACCAUUUGGUCAUAUGGUGGCGAAGAAAGUCAGAGAUACAUUGCCCUUCACACUCUCAACACAAUUGAAAUUGACCUCAGAGUCAGAACAAAGCGGCUUAGUGAAUGAGAAUGGUUUUCAGAUGAAAUGGACAGAGGAAGAAGAAGCGCAGAGAAGGGAGUAUGUAGUUACUAGUAUGGAUGAGCAAUGGUGUGAGUUAAAUCCAAAUGAGAACAACGAUGAACUUCCCGAGAUGUAUCUGCCUCUUAAACACGCGUUGCUCAAGUCUUGUCAGCAGAUAGAUAAAGAGCUGAAAAUGCAUCCAACUAUUGAUUGUUUCUGCAGCGGAACAACUUCAGUCACUUUGAUCAAGCAGGGUGAGGAUCUGGUGGUUGGAAACAUUGGUGACUCGAGAGCUGUUCUUGCAACAAGAGACGAAGACAAUGCUUUGGUUGCUGAACAAUUGACCGUAGACUUAAAACCCGAUUUGCCAAGUGAGUCAGCGAGGAUCCAGAAAUGUAAAGGAAGAGUCUUUGCAUUGCAAGACGAGCCUGAGGUAGCUCGUGUUUGGUUACCAAACAGCGAUUCACCUGGUUUAGCAAUGGCUCGAGCUUUUGGCGACUUUUGUCUUAAAGAUUACGGUUUAAUCUCAGUUCCAGAUAUCAACUAUCGCCGCCUAACAGAACGAGAUGAGUUCGUAAUUCUUGCUAGCGACGGGGUAUGGGAUGUGUUGUCGAACAAAGAAGCUGUUGAGAUUGUUGCUUCAGCUCCUAGUCCAAGUACAGCGGCUCGAGCUCUAGUGGACACGGCGGUUCGAUCAUGGAGAAUCAGGUAUCCAACAUCCAAAAACGACGACUGUACUGUGGUCUGCCUAUUUCUACAAGAUUUAACACCAGGCACGCAAGUUUCAAGCAAUGCAGUUUUACACAAACAAGAAGACACUACGGAGAGUGUCAGUAUCAGUCACAAGGAGGAGGAGGACGAGAUUGUCCCGGUUAAAGACGAAAGUACCCCCAAGAGUUGCGGGAUUGAGUCGAAGAAGAUGAUGACAAUGACACUUGCGGAAUGUAUUUCGGUUGCACAGGAUGAUGAAGAGUGGUCGGCUUUGGAAGGAUUGACCAGGGUUAACAGUCUCUUGAGUAUUCCAAGGUUCUUCUCUGGUGAGCUAAGAUCAACUAGUUGGAGAAAAUGGUUUUGAUUUUCUUUGUUCUCUUUGACUUGUGUGAUUCACGAACAAAUAACACUUCAUAUGAUCACCAUGUUCUUUGUUUUCAUAUUCAACUUUUUUUCCUCUUC